AUGUCCAACUUUAUCGAAUAUCAAGUGAUUGGACGACAUCUCCCAACAGCGGAGACGCCAACGCCAAAGCUUUACCGCAUGCGCAUCUUUGCUCCCAACGAAGUGGUCGCAAAGUCUCGUUUCUGGUACUACCUCCGUCAGCUACACAAGGUCAAGAAGGCGUCUGGAGAGAUUGUCGCGUGCAAUGUCAUUUCGGAGAAGAAGCCUCUCAAGGUCAAGAACUUUGGCAUCUGGAUUCGUUAUGAUUCGCGAUCGGGAACGCAUAACAUGUACAAGGAGUAUCGAGAGCUGUCUCGCGCGGCUGCUGUGAGGUCGCUCUACCAGGAUAUGGCUGCUCGGCACCGUGCCCGUUUCAGGUCGAUCCAGAUUCUCCGUGUGCAAGAGAUUGAAAAGACGGAAGAUGUCAAGCGACCGUAUAUCCGUCAGCUUUUGGUGCCCAAACUGCGAUUCCCACUCCCUCACCGCGUCUCCAAGACCAAGUCGACAUUUGUGGCACAGCGUCCAUCGACAUUCUAA